GGUCUCCAAGAAACUCUGCCGAAGAACCGAUUGCUCGAUUAUAACACUAUUUUGUCUCAGACAGCUCUCGAUAGCCUCUUAGCCGAUAAGCUGGUUCACCUCCCAUACCUGUUCUCUGCCCUCCGUCUCGCUUUUUCGUCCCCUUGUCCACUAAGCAGCUAUCCCAGAGCUCGUCUCUCUCAAUCGCCUCUCCACCUAUCUCGAUAACCCAGAACGACCAUCAUGUCAAAAUCAAGAAGCCCUCUCCUCAUCAGAUUUCUCUCAGACUUCACCCUCGGCUUCUCAGAUGGCUUAACAGUGCCCUUCGCCCUCACCGCGGGCCUCAGCUCCCUUGGUCGCACCGACACCGUCAUCUACGCCGGCCUGGCGGAACUCUGCGCGGGAAGUAUCAGCAUGGGCAUUGGUGGCUACCUUUCUGCGAAAGACGAGUUGCCCUCGGAGCAGGCCAAAGAUCAGGAUGGCGACGAGGAAGAGCUUAAGGGCAUGCUGCGUCACGAUGCUGGGAGUGACGCCUUGGAUGAGAAGAAUAAGGAUGCCCAAGAAGCACUUGUGAGACGGCACUUGGAGCCUCUCGCUCUGCCAAGCUGGAUGGUUGCGGAUAUCAUGUCGACUGUCAAAGAGCGCCAGGGCUUAUACGAUGCAGCCCGCCAGCUACAGUUCGCACGAUCUGAACUCUCUGUCGGUGAAAACUCGUAUAACAGUGGACAGCUGCCUAUUUCGCCAAUCGUUUCCGGUAUCUCCAUCUCUCUAGGCUACAUCAUUGGCGGUGCCAUUCCUCUGCUUCCGUACUUUUUCGCUGCGACGGUCGGCCUUGGUCUUCGAUGGAGUAUCGCGGCGUGCCUGGUGGCUCUGAUGUCUUUUGGCGCAGGCAAGAGCUGGCUGCUGCGAAGCGGAGGCGCGUCUUCCAGUUGGAUGCGCUGCCUGUGGGAAGGAUUACAGAUGAUGAUUCUAGGUACCGUGGCUGCGAUAGCAUCGGUAUUGUGCGUAUCGCUGCUGGGAGGGGGUGACAACGAGAUGAAGAGCUGAAAACUUCAAGAGAAGUUUUUUUUUUUUUUUUUCCUAUUCCUAGAAGUAAGGGAAGUGACAUGAAUAAUUAUUUAAUUAUGGGAACUAUUGGCGUUGGGACUUGGGCGGCAACACACAUUCCAGCGCAGGCUAUGUACUACUUGUUCAAAGCUUGCAAGUAUUGAAUCAUUCUGGGUUACAUGGUUUUGGCCAGGAGGCAUAUUUUCCAAGAAUGGCUUUGCCUGACUAUGAGAAUAAUAAAAAAUCAUAAUGUUAUAACAAUCAAG